AUGUUGUUCCGGCACAGGUUGGGGCGAAGCAGAAACGCUUACAGAUGCGAGCGAGGAGUGGUAGCAGCAUUCUAGAUGAGCCGUUUGACCAAGAGAUCGGAGGUGCGGUCCAAGAAUCGCACGAGCAAGACAAAAAGCCAACCGGUGCCUCGUCAAAACGCCUACAGAUGCGGGCAAGAAGUGGUAGCAGCAUUCUAGAUGAACCGUUCGAUCAGGAGAUCGGAGCGGGUGGCCCGGUUGAGCUGCAGCAGGAGCAAAGCAAAAAGCCAACCGGUGCAGCUUCGAAGCGUCUGCAGAUGCGGGCGAGGAGUGGUAGUAGUAUACUCGACGACCCGUUCGACCAAGAGAUUGGUGCACAACAGGACCACCAGGACAUUGCAACUGCUGAGCCUAGUGCUCCUUCUGGCAAUAAGACAUUAAAACCCGCUCUUUCGGGUCAAUCAAAACGAUUGCAGAUGCGUGCGCGGUCGGGGAGCAGUAUUCUUGACGAGCCUUUCGACCAGGAAGUCGGAGCUGCGAAAGGGGACCAAGAAGAGCAGCUUUUCCCCGCGCGGCCAAGGAUCUUCAAAUCGAUCGAAGAAGCCUCCGACGAGGCGGACCAGGACUCGCGGUCCGCCGUGGAUUCCGGGUCCGCAGCGCGGAGCGGCAAGCUGAAGCAGAUCGAGUGGGCCAGUGACGUGCGCUUCGGCUCGGACGAUGAGGACGCAAGAAUGCAGCAGAAAGCUGGAACCGCAAUUAUCGGUACUAGUGCUGCUUCGAGGGGGCAGGGAAACAAGCGGAAAAUCUUCACGGCCGCGCGGUCCGGAAGCAGUUUGCUCGACGUACCAUACGACUUAGAGAUCGGCGUGGCGCCGGAGUUUAUUCUGAUGCAACAGCAAGACACGGGUGCUGCUGGUUCAGGUUCUGCCACUGUUCCCUCUACACAGCAAAACGCGAAGCGGAGAAUGUUUGGCACGGGGGCGACGCGGAGUGGCAGCAGUCUCGCGCUAGACGAACCCUACGACGUAGAGAUCGGUGGUCCGGUACUGGGACCGCCAAAUCAACCGCAGCAAGCCGCCGCUAAGCGCCGAGCGAUGAUGCGGGCGCGCAGUGGCAGCAGUGUCUUGGACGAGCCGUAUGAUGUUGAAAUAGGUGCGGCUGGUGUCGGUGCUGCAGCAGCUUUAACCAAGGCUGCUCUGGCCAAGAAGGCCACUUUCGACAGCAUCCAAGAAGAGGACCAGGAGGACCGUCCGGGGAGCGCCCCCGGCGCAGCAGGAGGAGGAAUGGUCUCAUCUGGCCAACAGGCUACAACAGGAGCAGGAGCUCCUGGUGGAACGAAAAGCCGGCGCAGCGCAUUUUUGACGAACAAGGCAACGCGGUCGGGGAGCAGUUUGCAGCUCGACGAACCAUUCGACGUGGAAAUCGACGAGGGACAGCCUGCUCUUGACAAAGACGCCGACGCCGGUGAACAGCCGACCCUUGGCGGAGGUGCAAGAAGGCGCGCGCUGUUCGACAAGCGCCGGUCCGGCUCCAGUGUGCUCGACGAACCCUAUGACGAGGAGGUCGCGGCAGAACUACAAACGGGAGCAGACCAGCAAAAACCCUCCUCCUUUGCGAAGCGCGGGCGGAUGUUGUCGGGUGGGCGCAGUGGGACUUUGUCGAAUCUAGCAGAGAUCGAUGAGGGGGACGAGGAGCAGAGAUCCACGGAAAGCAGUGGCCAGCAAUCCGGGAAAAAACGGUUCGGACCCUCCAGGAGCAUCGAGUGGGCCCCGGACGUGGUGUUUGAUAAAGAUAACGCCGAUGAACAAAACGGCGACAAUACAGAACCAGGAGAACAGCAGCAGCUCUCUGGCCCGCCGGGAGGGAAGCGAAGGUCCUUCGCGGGCGCCACGAGAAGUAGCAGCAGUUUGAUGUUGGACGACCCGUACGACGUUGAGAUAGACCAAGGACAACUAGAUGCAGCUGAUGAGCUCACAACAACUACCGCGCCAAGGCAAGCCAGACCGAAGCAGGGGAUGAAGUCCUUGCGCACGAGAUCCGGCAGCAGUUUGAUGCUCGAUGAGCCGUAUGAUAUCGAGGUUCUGGGCGGCGAUCAGCCGCACAGCACCUCCAAACCAUCCGUUGGCGAGACGAAGCGCUCGUCCUUUGGUCGACGCGCACAAACCGGUUCUUCCACCGCUUUGCAAAAAAUCGAGGAGGGCAAAGACGAGGACCAAGAGUUCCUAGACGCUUUCGCCGACGAAACGGAAGAAGUUAUCGGAGCUGCUGGCGUGUCGGGAACAAAACGAGGUGCGUUUCGUGUUUCCAAAUCGAUCGAAUGGGCCGCAGAUGUGCAGUUCGGGCAGCAGGAGGAGGACCGCGCUGGACAAGAAGAACUAGAUGGCACGACAGUAUUAAACCCCGCUGCCGCCCGUAAACGGCGGUUCAUGGCCGCGCGGUCUGGUAGCAGUCUUCUGGAUGAGCCGUUCGAUGUGGAAGUUCUGGAACAUCAAGGGCCUUUGUCUGCUGCAGCGGCGGGGGGAAUGAAGCAAGAGCAGCAAAUGAAGCGAAAGAAGUUCAUGUCAGCCAGGUCGGGCUCCUCUUUACUCGACCCGGCGUUCGAUGAGGAGGUCCCUCUCGAGAUCGGGGAGCUAGACACGCUUGCACCAGUCAUGGAUCCGAAAAAAGCUUCUGGUACUCAACAGCAGCAAAUGCGCUCCAAAGCCUUCCGACAGGGAAGGUCCGGGAGCAGCUUGGCACUCGACGAGCCGUUCGAAGUCCUCGACGAGACGAAGGAGUUACAGGGUGUGGAUUUCUUCCCGCUGUACCCAGUGAGAGAGGAUACAGCGGAACAACAAACCACUCCCGGUCAACAUCAGGAUCGCAGACUCGCACCUAUUCUGAAGAAAAAGCAGUCUGGGUCGACGCAGGACCAAGAAUCCGCGAGUGACAGCAUGUCGCAAUCCAGUAAAAUCCAGGGUGGUACGACCUCCGCCGAACAACAGAGCAAGUUGUUUGGUGCGCAGAACAACAAAUCCUCUUCCUCCACCACCGGGGGCGGUCCACACGCGAAGAUCUCCGCGGACCAGAUUGGAACUGCCGAUGAUCAGGACCAGCCCUUGCUGGAAUUCCAGGAAACCCGUUGCGCGGCCAAUGAAGUCGUCGGGCAGGCGCUGAAACGGACCUCCGCCGUUGAUGCGGUUAUCGCGUUGACACACCAGUCUACCGCGGAAGAUAAGGAAUUGAUGCGGACGGAGCCCGACAUCGACAUCCUGCUGGGCGGGUUCGAAAGAGAACCACUCGAAUGGUACGUGGAUGAAAACGGAAAAUCCCUGGGGCAGGAGUGGGACCCGGUGAUUCAGAAGUUCAUCGCGAUUCAGGGCCCGGACCGACUGGCGGUGAAGCCCGGACCGGACGCGGUUUCCGUGUUGGAUCUGUGGCUGGUCCCGGAUAAUGAUGAGGUACUGCAGCAAGACGCACCGAGACCGCCGAUUGGGGACACCGAAGAGGACGAGAUCACGGAGUUCGACGACGAGCAGCUCACAGAAGUCAUGACGCCGGACCAGAAGUUGCUGCAAAAGAUGAACCGGUUUCCGACCGUCGAGCAAAGAUCUCCAAGAUGGAACCAGCAGCGGACCAUGCCGUCGCGGACCGGUCGCCGGCUGGUGAUCGGCCGGCAUAGGCACGUGAAAUUGGUCCCGACUCGGGCGCACAUGAAAGACUACGACGAGAAGGGCUUUGAGCCCGAUGAGGAGUUUUCGACGAUGCUGCACAAGUACCAAAAAUUCUUGAAUUUGGAAAACAUGAACUUACUCCAGUGGACGGAUUACGACGAUCGGCUGGCGAAGGUCGCGAGUUGCGAGGAAGAUUCCUUCGACCGCAUGCGGGAAAUGGCACUGGCGGAAUACAUUUCGCUCGUCCAGAGGAUGGACCGCGGGCGCAAGCUGGGUCGGAACACGACCGAGGACGAGAUCAAAGCACUCCGUGCCGUGGAAAACGUCAUCGCCGCCGGGCGGCCGACGGUGCACGAGGAAUCGGUUUGCUCCGGGACGGACAACAGCCGAAGGCCAAACUGGACUACCAAGGACGCGGAAUGGCGGCAAUGCACGUUUCACAGCCUGGUCGCGGACUUGGUUUUACCCGAGUUGGUCGGUGCGGACGCGAGGGAUAGGACUUUACUUUUACUACCUGCGACCCACUACCUCUCCUUCGUUUCCGGUGGGAAGGAUUACGGGUUAGACGACCCCCGGUUCACGCGGUACGAACUGCUAAAAGAGUUCAUCCCGCCAAUCAUCGACGAUUUUCCGGAGGGUACCCCCGCGAGUGAGAGGAAUAGGCCGAAGGAUUUGAGCAAUCAAAAGCGAGCGGAGUUGAGAUUGGUGAGGUUGAAAAUCUCCGGUUUGGAUUUGCUGAAGUUACUGUAUGAGUCCGAGGCGUUCCUCCGCGGGACGAACAGCUACCUCCAGUACGACCACAGCGCAAUUUGCAUCAACGAUUUCACGGACCUGAACUUACCGAAAAUUUCCGACAAGGACAUGAAGCGCAACAAGUUCCCGGGGUUUCCCGGGAAGAAGAAGAAGAUGAAAUCAGCUGGUGGCAACGCGAGUUCCUACGCACCCUCCACCGCGGGGGAUGUGGAGACGCACACCGGGGAAUCGACGCUAGCGUGGCGCGAGGAGCAGGAUAGGAUCGAGGAGGAGGCGAGAUUGGCGGCGUUGGAGAAGGUGGAAGAGGAGCAGAUUGAGGAAGCAUUCUUAUCCGUGAUGGAGAACGCACGGGCGGAUAGGAUGGAGGCAUGCGGGGGCGUCCUUGGAUUCCCGGUGUCUGGUGACAGUUCCGAAAUCUCCGGCUACGAUCCGGACGAGAGGCUGGAGGGGUGGGCGUCGAGCAGUGAAAAAGCGGCAGCGGAAAAUAAGAAAGACGACGAUGACAAUUCCGAAAACGGUGAUAAAUCACCUGGCGGUUCCGACUCCGGCGGAGACAUGUCCGGGCUAGACCCGGACGACGACGAGAACAAAUUGUCGAAGUCCAAGGAGAAGGACAAAAUCGAUUUGUUGGACGCUGAGUCUUUACUUCCCUCCACCGAAUCCGACCACUACGACCCGAAUGAGAUGAUCAAAACGAAGGUUCCGGCGGAUUUCCAGAUCCUCUCCGUCUUCGGGGAGCAGUUUGAUCGCUCGCAGUUUUACCAAAUCGUCGUGCCGGGGACUUUAUUGCUCCACGAAACGGCGAAGCCGGGGGACCACAGACUGGUCCAGCCAUUGAUCGUUGGCGGACAGAGGAAGGUCAGGCCGCGGAAGCGGCAGAAAGCGCAGUUAGAAGAGGAGGAGUCGAGUGAGGAUGAGGACGAGAAGCGUCGCCGGUACAAUGCCGCGCCGCCGGUUCGCGACCAGGUUUACAAUUUGUUGAAGGACCAAGUUGCGCCGAGACAGCUCGGGAAGGAGAGUGUGAAGCCGAUCGUGGAAAAUUCCCCGUUGCUGGUCGAGUUGGUUCUGAAGCAUUUGCUGCAGGAUUUGUGGGAAGACUUGUCGCCCUUCUGGUCCAAGUCGAAGAAGUUCACUUUGGGCGGUUUGAAGCCGCUACCGAAGGAUGGCGAUAUCGAUGAGUCGAAACUCCCACCGAUCGUCCGGGUCCGAAGACGGCUGCACUUGAUCCAGCAGAUGCAGAGAGGGGAGAAGUUGUACGACAUGGAGGACCCGAUUGAGGUCCGGAAGGAUAAGCAGAUGUUGGAGAAGCUCGUCAACCUGCUCGACAGCGAGCGAGAUGUCGCGCCGGAAGAGCUGGUGGAAAUUUUGGAAAAGUACCAAAAAGACAACGUGUUGGCGAAUUUAGACCCGCGUUUGUUGAAGCGCGCUCUGAACGAGCGGCUGCCCGCGCCCAUGUCGAAGUGGGCGACUUUGCGGUUGCAGGACGAGCCGAGUGGCACGGAGGAAUCGUCGUCCGCGACUGGCGGUGAGCGGUCGGGCUCAGGACAGGAAGAUGGAGAGAAGGAAAAGAGACCUGCAAGUGGUGAUCAGGGUUCCGUCGCGAAGUCGGUGGGGACGGGAGAAAAAGAAAGUUCCGCCGGCGGGGAUAAAGAUCAGAAAUCAGAAUCCAAAUCCGACAGUCAGAGUUUGAAGGACAGCCACUCACAGAAGGAUUCGGACAGUAGAAGUUUAUCGCAGUCGCAGAGCCAGCGGGGAUCGCAGAGCUCCAAGCAGGUCAGCAGCAGCGCCACGCCGGGUGGCACGAAAGGAGACACGACUACUUCGGCCGCGAGACAGGUCGAGGCCAGUGCCGGCCGGAGCAGGCGGUCUGGCGCUAGCAGUAAGUUCAGCAGAGACGAUGAAUUGGAGAGGAUUGAGGAGGAGAAUGUGCUCGCUCGGUCGAGACAAAGCUCAAAAGACGCGGCGGAAACCGUUGUCAGUUCCGCGACCGGCACCACCGGAGCUGCUGGUGCAAUGAAGGAAGGAACAAAACCUGCGAAAGAGUCCACGACCCCGAAAGACUCCCACUCCGCUUCCGGAAGAUCCACAGGGACUAGUCGAAAAACUGGUCGCACCCGGGGAUCCCAUAAGUCAGGGAAGGAAAUCGACCCGAAUGCGUACCGUGGCAUCGAGUGGAACGGGGUGCGGAUCGCAAAGUCUCUUUCGCCGGAAAGGGAACAGAAGAGACGGGAUUUGUUCUUUUCUGAUGACACUCUGGUGAGUGAACUAGAAAAGGGCAUGGAGCAGAUGGCUAGAAGGAUGAAAUUCUACAAGAAACAAACGCCGAAGGAAUUGCUCUACGAGAUGCAAAAGCGAGCGGACACGGGGAAGCUGGGGAGGCAUUUGGUCUUCAACAUGCCGUUGCUGUCUGGGUCAGAAACGGAGCUGGAGAAAGCCCGAGAAAAAAUCGACCCGGUCAUGAGCACCAGCGAAUUAGAAAUGUAAACAUAGACAUACGUUAGUACGAGUUUUGGUUUCAAACCUAUUUUUCUCGGUGAGAUCAUUUCUCAGCUCACAGUGGGCUUAGCCUCGUGAGCGAAAGCUUUGCAGUACCUAAAUUUU